AGCUGCUCACCUGGUCAAGCUGUUGGACUCACCUGUUCAGAUCAAGACAACUUCAGGUUGGUGGGAGAGGCCAGCCGAUGUGCCGGGAGACUGGAGAUUUUACAUCAAGAAGAGUGGAGACCAGUGGCUGUUUGGGAUGGUUACUGGGACAUGAACUCAGCUGCUGCAGUUUGUGCUGAACUGGACUGUGGUUCUGCUGUUUCAGCAAGAAAUUCAAAGGAAGCGUCAGAGAGACCAGUUUGGGAGAUCAGCUCUGACUGUUUCCAGUCAGGAUCUGCAUUAAAGAAAUGUUUACCUCAUGAUGAAAACAGUGAUCGGAGCCAUCAGCUCAUCUGCUCAGACUCAGUCAGGCUGGUUCAAGGGACCAACCGGUGCUCAGGCAGAUUGGAGGUGAAGACCGACCAGUCGUGGUCCUCAGUGUGUGAAACAGACUUUGACCUGCAGGAUGCAGAGGUGGUCUGCAGGGAGAUUGGCUGUGGGCCUCCUUCAGCCCACCAGGGGGCGCUCUAUGGAGAAGCAGAGGCUCCAGUGGGGAGCAGAGAGUUCCUGUGUGAAGGCAGUGAG